CCCGUGUGGUCCCCGCCGAGUGGGAUUCUUCACAUAUGUAAUUAUGCCACGUAAAUAUCGCGACAGAUGACGCAACUCGAGGCUUUCCUCCCUACAGCCAUCAACCCAUGCAGCAAUCCCAUCUCCUGCCCGCGGAGAUCGCUAUACCCGACACAAUCGCAGCCACCCCGAAAAAUCACGACUUGCCCCUCCAAAUAAUACCCCUCCACCCGACGUAUCGGAGACCCGUGGUUUAUCAGCCGUUGGACUUGUCAUUCCGCGAUUCAACGUCCGACCAAGCCCGUUCUUCCUCUCGAGUGCGUUCCACAAGACUUUACGACUCCACGCGAUCCCUUCUUGCGGUCUCUUCUCUUCCAUUGACCCCGAAAUCGGUAACCCUCGACGCAUCACCUACAACGACCAACUAUCCCAAGAGUUCGCGAUCCGCCAAAAAAGCACAAUGUCGACGAUCACGGAGAUCACCAGCCUUGCCGACUGGGAGAAGCACAUUGCCUCCACCCCGCCUUCCACCCUCCACAUCAUCUCCUUCCAUGCACCAUGGGCCGCCCCAUGCGCCCAGAUGGCUACCGUCCUCUCGACCCUUGCCUCCGAAUACCCCGUCACCAGCCCCCCGCAGACAUCCUGGGUUUCCAUAAACGCCGAAGAGCUCAGCGACAUUAGCGAGACAUACAACGUCACCGCCGUCCCCUUCCUCGUUCUCCUGCGCAAUGGUCAAGUCCUCGAGACCGUCAGCGGUAGCAGCGCUGUCAAGGUCCGCAACGCGAUCGAGACACACGCCAAGAAGCCCGCCGGUGCCGCUGCCACGGUAAAUGGCAACCAGGGCGUCGAGAAUGGCCCCGGCGCGAUGCAGGUCGACGAGCCUGUCGACCCGGCCAAGGCCAAGGAGGAGUUGUUCAAGCGCCUGGCGGAGCUUGUCAAGGCUGCGCCAGUCAUGCUCUUCAUGAAGGGCACCCCUAGCUCGCCUCAGUGUGGCUUUUCAAGACAGCUUGUUGCCAUCUUGAGAGAGCACUCGGUCAAGUACGGCUUCUUCAACAUCUUGGCAGACGAUGAGGUACGACAGGGCCUGAAGGAGUAUGCUGAGUGGCCAACCUAUCCUCAGCUCUGGGUUGAUGGCGAGCUGGUUGGUGGUCUUGAUAUCGUCAAGGAGGAACUCUCCAACGAUCCCGAAUUCUUUGGCCCUUACAGCAUCAAGGCCAGUGGUGAGGCCGCUGCUUAAACCGUCUAGUCAUCAACAACAUCCUGCAUAUUCACGCCUGCCCGGUUCUCACCGUGUAAGACGUGACGAUUCUCGUCGUCUUUACAUACCCAUUCACAUUUGACUUAUAUCCUCGCCUGGCCACUCAAAUUCCAAAUCGUAUCUGGCUUUUGGAUUGGGCGGCGGUACAGACCUUGGUAUGAUCCUAUCACCCGCCAGCCAGCCAUCGUUUUAAGGGCUCCACGAUGUCCCCUAUCUGAG